CCGUCCAUCAAAACCAGAGAUUUCGUCCAAAACAAGCUUCAACUCUGCUGCUCUGUCUCCGGUCUCGGUCCUCAUCCCGGCCAAACUCCACACCAUCCAUUCAGGAAAAGAGGUGACAGAAUAGAAGCAGAGCAACCAAAGCCGACAGAUUUGGAAGUGUCAUCCAAGAAGAAGAUGAGAAGGGAAAGAAGCGAAAGCAAGAGCUUAAUUUGAGGAGCUAAAAGGGUUUAUGGAUCUGGGGUUUGUUUUCUACGAUGAAGAUUGGAAUAAUUCAAGCUUGGCUUCAAUCCUUCCUGGGUUACAUAGAUUCGGAAAGAAAGAUGAGGAAGAAGAGGAAAUUGACGAGUCUGCAAUUUCAAGGCCUUAUCUUUCUGAUGCUUGGGAGGUUUUUUGAGAGGAGAAAGGCAGAGAAUCCAUUGAUGAAUUGGAGAAUUCCUGCUUUGAGCAGUGAGAUUAACAUCAAAGAUAGUCUGAGAUUGUGGGCUCAUACUGUUGCUUCCACCCCCAACCGGCCACCCCCAAGGGCCGGUUGGGGGUGGCUUCGGCCACCCCAUGAGAGCAUUGUCAUGGCCCAUAAAUCUGGGCAAAUGGGUUUAGACUUAAGAGGGUUUGGACUAAUUAAUUACUCCUUGUUCUAGGCCAUCGGUGAGGCCGGAAUGGUCACGCCAGGAGACUCUUUGGUUGUACGGCAGCCUCCCGGAGCGGGAAGGCUCUUUGUGAGAGCAUCUGCAUAAUCGAAGGCUCGAGCAGAGGAGAUGAUAGUGAGCAUGGCAGUAGCAGGAGCAAUAGUUGGAGCUGCAAUUGGUGGAUGGUUGAAUGACCGCUUUGGAAGAAGAAGUACAAUCUUAAUAGCAGACUUCCUCUUCUUUGUAGGAGCGGUGAUCAUGGCUGCUGCUAACGGCCCUCCCAUUCUCAUUUUUGGACGUGUUUUUGUUGGACUGGGUGUUGGAAUGGCGUCAAUGACUUCACCUUUGUACAUUUCUGAAGCUUCCCCAGCUAAAAUCCGUGGUGCCCUUGUUAGUACCAAUGGAUUUCUUAUAACUGGAGGCCAGUUCCUUUCAUACCUUAUCAACUUGGCCUUCACCAAGGCACCUGGGACAUGGCGGUGGAUGCUUGGAGUUGCAGGACUUCCUGCUCUGAUUCAGUUUGUGUUAAUGCUGCUUCUCCCAGAGUCGCCCCGUUGGCUAUACCGCAAGGGACGCGAAGAAGAAGCAAAAACCAUAUUAAGAAAAAUAUACUCAGAGAAUGAGGUAGAAGAAGAGAUCCAUGCUCUGAAGGAAUCAAUUGAAGCCGAGAUCGAGGCAACAGGGUCUUCUGGCAAGAUUUCCUAUGUUGAACUAUUGAAAACCAAAACAGUAAGGAGAGGACUAAUUGCUGGAGUUGGCCUUCAGGUUUUCCAGCAGUUUGUGGGCAUUAACACAGUCAUGUACUACAGCCCUACCAUAGUUCAAUUGGCUGGAAUUGCAUCUAAUCGAACUGCACUCCUUCUCUCACUCAUUACUUCUGGCCUCAAUGCUCUUGGCUCCAUUGUCAGCAUCUAUUUUAUUGAUAGGACUGGGAGGAAGAAACUUCUAAUUAUCAGUUUAUGUGGGGUUAUACUUUCACUUGGGCUUUUAUCAGGGAUAUUUCAUGACACUUCGACUCAUUCACCAUCAGUUGUGCCAACUGCAACAUCUCAGUUCAAAAACUUCACCUGCCCGGAUUACAGUUCGGCUGUAAAUGCUAAUGGUUGGAGCUGUAUGAAGUGUUUGAAGGCUUCAUCUCCAUCAUGUGGGUUCUGUGCUGCAAGUACUAAUAAGCUAUUGCCAGGGGAGUGUUUGAUCUCAAAUGACACCGUAAAGGAUAUGUGCCGUGGACAAGACAGACUAUGGUACACCAGGGGAUGUCCAAGCAAAACUGGAUGGCUUGCACUUGUUGGCCUGGCACUUUACAUCAUAUUCUUCUCUCCUGGAAUGGGAACCGUUCCAUGGAUUGUCAACUCUGAGAUCUAUCCUUUAAGGUACCGAGGCAUCUGUGGAGGAAUUGCUGCCACAGCAAACUGGAUCUCAAACCUCAUUGUUGCACAGUCUUUUCUGACUUUAACGACAGCAAUUGGGACUUCCUGGACAUUCCUGAUGUUUGGGGUCAUCUCUGUUGUAGCCCUGUUCUUCGUCUUGAUAUGCGUCCCAGAAACGAAGGGGCUCCCGAUUGAGGAGGUGGAGAAGAUGCUGGAGCUCAGAGCUCUGCACUUCAAGUUCUGGGAGAGAAGCUCUCAGACAGUUGACAAGAACCAAAAUCCCUGAAAUAAAUGAAGUACUAGGAAGUUCUAUAUGUUGAGAUUUGAAUAGGGAAACUGGAGUAUUAAGAAUACAGUCAAGGUCUAUUGAGAUCAGCGUGUAUGAUUGCAUUACCUUCUUCAGGGAAGAAGGAAAUAUAUAUAUAUUUACAUUUUCAAAUC